AUGGCAGCCUCGAAUGCGGCCAGGGCUGCGCGCCCCGUGACAAAGCCUGCCUUCACCAGGGCGCCCGCGCCUGCACUCCCGUACAAGGGCACCACGCCUGCCGCGCCUCCCGUUGGCCUUGGUGGGCAGCUUCCACAGAGCCUCCGCCCCCCUGUGCCGAAGCGAGUCGACCUUUCCAGCCCGGCGUACAAGGCCGCAUCGAGGAAAUACGUCAGUGUCAUGAUCGCCACGCCCAUCUUGCUCGUCACCUCGUACGUUCUGUUCGACCGUCUCGUCAUGGGCAAGGAAGCCAAGUCUUUGCAGCCAAAGGCAGCUGCCCAGGACGUCAUCUGA